AUGUACACCUGCUGCGCAUCAUCUCUCUCCUGCUGCGAGAGCAGCAGCCUUCCUGUGUCUGCUGCUGCAGCAGCAACUGCUGCUGCAGCAACUGCUGCUGCAGCGACAGUUGCAGCUGCUGCUGCAGCAGCAACAGUUGCAGCAGCUGCAGCAGCAGCAACAGCUGCAGCAGCAACAGAAGCAACAGCAACUGCUGCAGCAACAGCAGCGUUGCGGGCCUUCUCUCUUUCUGUGCUGCAGCAGCAGCAGCAGCAGCAGCUGCUGCUGCUGCUGCUACCAAUUUACAUCUCAUCCACCUACAGCCAGCCUGUCGCUGCUGCUUCUGCAGCAGCAGCUGCAGCAGCAACUGCAGCAGCAACUGCAGCAGCAGCAGCAGCUGCAGCAGCAGCAGCAAAACGUUUUUCCCUUUCACAACUACAGCUGUGCUCACUUAAACCUCAGGAAGCAGAUGCGCAGCAACAGUAG